AUGGCCAAGCGCGCUAUCGUCGUAGCAGGCAUCACCGUCAAUGUCUUCAGCUUGGACAAUCCAGUGGAGGCCACGGACGGCACUGCGGCGCAGAAGCCAGUUGCGAUCCUUUUCCUUCUCCAUGGCAGGGACAUGCGUGCGGACACUAUUGAGCUCGUGGUGAAGGCAUUCCUGGAUGAGUUGAACACGCGAAGGAAGGAUGGUGAGCAGGCCGCGAAAGAGAAGCAUGACUUGUGGAUCGUAACCUUCGACUUGCCGAACCAUGGGCAGCGGAUGGUGGACAGCCUCGCGAACAAGGCUUGGGACAAGGACCCGGCCAAGCAUAAUGCUCGCCAUGCGAUCGAUAUGUACGCUUUCCAGGUCGGGGCUGGUCGCGAUGUCUCUUUCCUGAUCGACUUCCUUCCGUCCUAUCUGUUCCCCAAUAACGAGCGGACUAUAUCCCAAUGGUUGAUCUCCGGCAUCAGUCUGGGGGGACAUGCGACAUGGAGGAUCCUCAAGGACGAGCCUAGGAUCCAGCUGGGCAUCCCGAUCAUCGGAUGCCCUGACUACCUCAGGCUCAUCUCUGAUCGCGCCGUACAAUCGUCAAUACCCAUUGAGCCUCCAUACUUCCCGAAGUCGUUCCUCGAGUACCUCAAGAAGCACGACCCAGCGAACGCACCGUAUACCGCCACAGACAGCACGAAUCCCUACCGGGGCAAGAAGAUCUUGGUCUUAUCCGGGAAGGAGGACACGCUUGUGCCAUGGAACGCAUCGGAGAGUUUUGUGGAAGGCUUGAAUGUCGGAGAGGAAGAGGGCGGGGUGAAACAGUUCCUGGUCGAGCCUGGAAUUGGCCAUACGUGCUCGCCGACGAUGGUGAAAGAGGCGGUGGCGUUUUUGUGGGACCACGCGCUGACCAAUGGAGAUGUUCCCAAGUUGUAG